AUGUCAAUUAAUCAAUUCAUACUUAAAGAGUUUGGGGAACUCAUAUCGGAGUAUAAAGACUACAUUGAUACAUAUGACAUGAUAUACAGGUUAUCAACCAAUGAUUCGUAUGAAUUAGAAAAGAUUUUUAAUGCAAUUCAAUCAAUUUUGAUAGAAAAAUACCAUGUUCCAUUUGAAACUAUUGUAUAUGACAUUGGUAUUGCAUGUUCAUGUAGAUUCAAUUGUGCAAAAUCAUAUUGGCAACUAAUGAAACUUGUAUUUUCAAAAUACACGAUAAAGAAACAUGAUUACGACAAUUCAACUUUAAUAGGACAAUAUUUAUUCAGUCUUCAUGAUGAAUUCGAAAAUGCAUUUAAUAAUUUUUCAUAUCUUGAAGAAAAAUUAAAUAUAAACACUAAUGGCAAUGUUGCACAAUUCAUAAUAGAUGAUGAUAUCGAAUCAUUCAGGGAAUGGUCAAAUUCAAACGAUCUUUCCAAAUAUGAAUUUUCAUUUCGAAUUAAUAUCAAUAUUCAUUGUUUUUCCUUUAAGAAUUCUAAUCUUCUUGAAUUAUCAUGCUUCUAUGGUGCAAAGAACUGCUUUACGUUCAUGAGAACACAAUAUUCAUUUCCAAUCACACAAUAUUGUCUUCAACUUGCAUAUUGUGGAGGAAAUUCGUCAAUUAUCGAAGAAUGCAUUGAUAAUUCAUUGAUUCCCGAUAAUUUAUGUAUGAAGAACGCCAUUUUACUCCAUAAUAAUGAUCUUGCAAUACAUUUAAUGAAGAAUUUCAAUAUGAAAAUCGAUCCUUUCAUUUGUGCAAUUUCGAAAAAUUUGGAAUUAUUUUUUGUUAGUUAUGAUUCUGAAAAAGAUAUGAAUACUUUAUUUGCAUUGUGCCCAAACUUUUGCUUAACAAAUUUAUUUAAUCAUUUAUUUAAUUGCAAAACAGAUAUUAAUGCAAAAGAUAUAGCUGGAAAUACAGCUCUUCAUUAUGCAGCUAAAAAUAAUUUAUUAGAAAUUGCAAACAUUCUUGUUGAUAACAAUAUUGAUAUUGAAUUAACAAAUGAUACGAAGCAAACACCACUGUUUGAAGCAAUAAUGAGCAGCUCAUAUAAAAUAACAAAAUUACUACUUGAUAAAGGAACUAAAGUUAAUUAUGAAAGUAAGUUUUUUAUAACACCAAUUAUGCUAGCAAUUACUUAUAGUACUCCUGAAAUUCUACAAUUACUAAUUAACAAAGGUGCUGAUUUAAAAACUUGCUUAUAUAGAAACCAUACACCACUUGAUAUUGCGGCUGAAAAUGACAACAUUCCAGCAGCAAAGGUUUUACUUGAUAAUGGUGCAGAUGUAAAUAAUUUUAUUGAUCAAUAUGAUUGCACUACUCCAUUAGUCAUUGCAAUAAGAAAGAGAAAUUUCAAAAUUGCUAAAUUUUUCAUCGAAAAUGGAACUGAUGUAAAUCUCAAAAAUCCUUUUCCAGAAGCUGUAAAAAGCAAAUCACAAGAAAUUGCAUUAUUGCUUUUAAAUCAUGGAUGCAAUGUAAAUCAAAUAGAUGAUGAAGGCUAUUCUGCAAUUCAUUAUGCAGCAAUCAAUGAUUAUUUAGAUUUUUCGAAAAUUCUUAUUAGUAGAGGUGUAGAUGUUAAUCAAUUAACUAAAAGCAAAGAGACACCUAUUAACUUGGCAGCAUUAUAUAAUAACUGUGAUUUUGCAGAUUUCAUCCUCAGAAAUGGUGCAGAUCCGAAUAUUCCGAAUUCAAGAGGAGAAUUGCCUAUUCAUCGAGCAUCUCAUAAAGGGUAUGAAAGAAUUUUAAGAUUAUUAAUUGAUGCAGGUGCUAAUGUAAAUAAUACUGAUAAAGCAGGAUGGACAGCUCUCCAUUAUGCUGCGAAACAAAAUAACCCAAAAAUUGCAGAAAUUUUACUGGAUAAUGCUGCAGAAAUCAAUGCAAAAAAUCACAAUCAAGAAACUCCUCUGCAUAUUACAGCUAUCUAUGAUUCAUCAAACAUUGCAGCAAUUUUGACUUCUCGUGGAUGCAAUAUAAAUCCUUAUGAUAAAAAUUCAAAUACACCUUUACAUAUUUCAGCAAAGAAAAAUAGUUUUCAUACGACAAAGAUUCUAAUUCAAUAUGGCGCCAACUUAUCAAUGGUAAAUGCACAAGGGAAAACUGCAUAUGAUGUUGCUACCGAUUCUAAUAGCAUCGAAACAGCAAAACUCCUAAAAUUGAAUGAAUAA